GGUUUCCGUUUCCGACGUGCGUCUCACAGCGUAUUUGCUCACAGUCAAACAUGGCAGGGCGCGGGAAACGUAGAUCUAAAGUGGAUCAGUGUGUUCAUCUGAGUGAAAGUGCUGAGAAGAAAGGAAAGCAAGAAAAGGCAGAUGUACCUGAAGAUGUACGAGAAGAAGUCGAGAGACUGUAUGGUUUUGUAAUGCCAGAAGAUUUCUAUCAUUUCUGGCAGUUAUGCCAGGAGAUGGAGUCUAAAAAAUCCUACGAAGCACUGUUAUCAAGCCUUGGACUCCAGUUGGUUGGUCCUUUUGACAUUCUCUCUAGAAGACACAAAAAUGUCAAAUCUCCACAGCCUAAUUACCAUCUUCACUGGAGGUACUUCUAUGACCCCCCAGAGUUCCAGACUAUUGUGACGGGUGAUUCCAGAACCCAGUACCAUAUGGGAUACUUCAGACUCUUUUUGACAAGAAGAAUGAAGGAGGUUACUGAUAAAAAGCAAAUUAAUGUUCUCAAAAUCCUUGAUGAAAAACUUGAUAGUGCAGCAGAGAGACUGGGCUAUAGUCUAGAACAGAAAACCAUAUCGAUGAAAAAGAGGGACAAGAAGGUGGUAACAAAGACAUUUCAUGGAGCAGGUUUAGUGGUGCCAGUGGAUGAAAAUGACGUUGGAUAUAGAGAGCUCCCUGAAACAGAUGCAAGUCUUAAAAAAAUCUGCAAGUCAAUAGUUGAAGCACCCAAUGAUGAUGAAAGGGUUAAAGCCUUUGCCCCAAUUCAAGAAAUCAUUACAUAUGUGCAGUUUGCAAAUGAUGAAUGUGAUUAUGGAAUGGGCUAUGAACUAGGAAUUGACCUUUUCUGCUAUGGAUCACAUUAUUUUCACAAAGUGGUCCGUCAGCUGUUGCCACUUGCUUACAACCUUCUAAAGAGAAAUCUGUUUGCUGAGAUUAUUGAAGCACAUUUGGACAAUAGAAACAAAGAUCCGGUGGACCAGCUAGCCACGUAACAAAGAUAUUGGACAAUCCGUGUGGAUUUCACGGCAUGGAUUUUGCAUCAUCUUGGAUUUAAAUACUUUGUGAUAUUAGUCCUUACUGUACAGGCUGUUUGAUAUAAUUUUGUAAUAAAUUUAUAUUUCAACAUA